AGGAAUGUAACAUAACAAAAAUGUCAGAUUGCAGCAGUCACAAAACUGCGUAUUUCUAUUUUGAGUGUCUGAUUAUUCAAAUAUUUGUAAAUUUGUGAUGUAAAUAAUAUCAAUAAUGGUGUUAGUUGCAUAGAUAUAACGAUUUUGUUCUAGUACGCGCAUGGCAUAGUGUACUUUAAAAUGGACUAUUUAUAUUAUUAUAAGAAGAAACGAACGACUAAUACAACCACCGAAUUAAUUAAUAAUUCAUAUUAAUUAAACAUUUCGAACACGACGCGUCUUCAGAUCGUCCCGUUUUAUAAGAGAUGAUAGUUCGCUGGCCGAACCCCCCAUCGUGAAAAUAGGACAGAACCAUGGGACAGCAAACUUCAAGGAAGAGCGGCGAGUGCUCUUGCGGCUGCGGCUUUGAGCGCCGGCGGUACGCGGAGUCUCCGAGCAGCGUGCAGAGAUACGUCAGCGCUGUCACGGACAGAUGGUCGGCCCGCGAGUGCUCGUGCCGGCGGCGCGGGCGGCGGCCGGCGUGCGUGUGCACCGCGUACCGCCGCGUCAGCGUCGCCGACGCCAUCGCCGACGACCGGUUGGCGGCAGUUAUAACGCUCGGCGCUAGGGAUCUACGCAGAGAACUCGACACCAUCGUCUUAAACCGAGAAGGCGACAACCCAACAGACAACUCUACUGCUGAGGUUUACGUUCUCUCAGUGGCUCCCAGGUCCGACUCAGAGUCCUCACAAGAAGGCAGAAGGAGUGAGCUCACACAAGCUAGUGAUGGCUCCAUACGAUUACAUCCACAUUUCCAGGUGGUGUGUGGUGGGGAGCUGCGCGCGCUGCUGCUCCGGGCUCCGCUGGCGGCCGGGAACCCGCCCGGGCCCGGGCCGCACGCCGCUCAACCUAUACCUACUAAAGUCCACACGCAGGUGGACUACAUACAUUGCCUAGUACCAGACCUUCAACAGAUCACAGCCUGUUCUUUCUACUGGGGCAAGAUGGACCGGUACGAAGCAGAACGACUAUUGGACAAUAAACCUGAAGGCACAUUCCUCCUCCGCGACUCUGCGCAGGAAGACCACCUGUUUUCUGUGUCGUUCCGCAAGUAUGGCCGCUCGCUGCACGCCAGGAUCGAGCACUACCAGCACCGCUUCAGCUUCGACUCGCACGACCCGGCCGUGUUCGCCGCGCCCACGGUCACGAGGCUCAUAGAACACUAUAAGGACCCAGCGUGCGUGAUGUUCUUCGAGCCGAUGCUGACCGCCCCGCUGCCCCGCACGAGCCCCUUCAGUCUGCAGCAGCUCGCCCGAGCCGUCAUCGUGUCGCACACCAGCUAUGACGGCGUAGAAAAGCUGCCCCUCCCGCCGCGCAUGCGCGCGUACCUCAAGGAGUACCACUACAGACAACGGGUGCGCGUGCGCCGACUCGAACCUGAACUGUUCCCACACUUGUCCUAGCGACACCCCUUCUAUUGGUA